AUGGUGACAAAAGAUUCAUUUACAGCUUUGUUAGUGUACAUUGAUGACAUUGUUGUUGCUUCCAAUUCCAUUGCUUGCAUUGAGUCUCUCAAGAACUUUUUGAACACUUCCUUCAAAAUUAAGGAUUUGGAUCCACUUCGAUAUUUUCUCAGCAUUGAGGUAGCAAGAUCUACCAAAGGAAUUCAUUUGUGUCAGCGAAAAUACACACUGGCUAUACUCUCAAACUCUGGUACUCUCGGCUCCAAACCUGCCAAACUACCUAUGGAUCAAAAUCUCAAGUUGCAUAAAGACUCUGGCACUCCACUCCAAGAUUGUAGCUCUUUCAGGAGACUCAUUGGCAGGCUUCUAUACUUGACAAUCACUAGGCUAAACAUUAAUCAGGAUCUUCUCCUCUCGGCUAACUCCCCUCUUAAUUUGUAUGGUUAUUGUGAUUCCGAUUGGGCUUCAUGCCCUGAUACCCGAAAAUCAACCAUUGGUUUUUGCCUCUUCAUUGGACAAUCCCUUGUCUCUUGGAAAUCCAAAAAGCAGUCCGUUGUAUCUCGUUCUUCUACCAAGGCUGAGUACCGUGCUAUGGCAGCCACUUGUUGCGAGUUUACAUGGAUUCGUCAAAUAUUUCAUAACUUGAGCAUUCCACAACCUAAUCUUGCCAUUCUCCAUUACGACAAUCAAGCAGCCUUACAUAUUGAUGCGAAGCCCGUUUUCCACGAACGUACGAAGCACAUAAAGUAG